AGGGGCGCCGGCAGCGAGCGAUGGCCUCCAUGGGGAUGCAGGUGCUGGGCAUUGCCCUCUCCGUCAUCGGCUGGUUGGCCUCCAUCCUCUGCUGCGCCUUGCCCAUGUGGCGGGAGACGGCCUUCGUCGGCAACAACAUCGUGGUGGCCCAGAUCAUCUGGGAAGGGCUGUGGAUGAACUGCGUGGUGCAGAGCACGGGGCAGAUGCAGUGCAAGGUCUACGACUCCAUGCUGGCCCUGCCGCAGGACCUGCAAGCCGCCCGUGCCAUGGUGGUGGUGGCCAUCGUCUUAGCCAUCCUGGGCACCCUGCUCGCCGUCGCUGGCGGCAAGUGCACCAACUGCGUGGAGGACGACACCGCCAAAGCCAAGGUCAUGAUCGUCUCCGGAGUCAUCUUCAUUGUCGCCGGCCUCCUCAUCCUCAUUCCCGUCUGCUGGUCGGCCAACACCAUCAUCCGGGACUUCUACAACCCGCUGGUCACUGACUCCCAGAAGCGGGACCUGGGCUCGUCCCUCUACGUGGGCUGGGCGGCCUCCGCGCUCCUGCUGCUGGGGGGGGGCAUCCUCUGCUGCACCUGCCCCCCCCGGGGCGAGAAGCCCUACUCCGCCAAGUUCACGGCCGCUCGCUCGCUGCCUGCCAGCAACUACGUCUAGGAGCCUCCGUGCCCACCUGGAUUGGGAC